CACAGACCCAGGCUGGGAACCGAGACAGGCGGAGGGAUCCAGCAUCCGGGAGCGCAGGCUGUCACUGAGCGGGGACCGCGGCCAGCCGACUGAACACGGGCUGGGGCGACCUGCUGCCGGUGGAAACACCAGUCAUCGAGAACCCAGAUACCGGGACACACUCCGCUUUAUAUACAGGCACAAUGAAUCAGACCGACAAAACCGAAGAAGAUGUUCCGUCAUAUAUGCAAGAUGAGGCGCCAGACGGUACCGUCAAAGACCACCCCCAGCAACAGCCCGGCAUGAUCUCCCGUGUGACGGGGGGUAUUUUCAGCAUGACCAAAGGAGCUGUCGGGGCGACCAUAGGCGGCGUGGCCUGGAUCGGCGGAAAAAGCCUUGAAGUGACCAAAACAGCCGUCACGUCGGUGCCCAGUAUAGGAGUCGGCAUCGUCAAAGGCGGCGUGUCCGCGGUGACCGGCGGCGUCGCCGCGGUGGGUUCUGUUGUCUCCAGUAAGGUGUCCAGCAAAAAGAAAGACAAGUCCGACUGAGCCAAGAACUUCAUUGUUUUUUGGAGAACGAGAACUAAUUCCUGCUGUGGUUUGGUUUCUGCGGAAGGAGUUGAGCAGCAGCUACAAAGCAUACGAGACUUUAAUAAGUGUUGUUGCGGCUGCUUGCGUAAGCACAAGGAAUCACAGCAGAUGCGCCGCGAACUCAGACAUCAUUCAAAUGUUACGUUUUAAUACUCCAAACCAAAUCACGUGUAUUAAGGUUAAAAAAAAAAAUAGUAGUCUGACAUUUGGUUACUUAAAAAGUUGAAAUUGACAAAGCGGUUUGUCUGUUAGAAAACCUGGUAUAUACAUUUAUUAUGUGUGUUUUUUUUAUGUUUUUUUUUGUGUGUGUUUAUGCUUUUUGAAGAAAAUCUCAAUGCAAGGCGGUCCUGCUUAGCUUGGGCCUGCUGCACAUUUAUUGUAAUUUUUCACCUCUAAUGUAGGUCACGUCAGCACAGCGCUGAUACCAUUUCAAAAAAAAGAAAUUAAACUCUCCGACAUAUCGUGCUUCAGAGUUUAAGAAAAAAUAGCUGUAUUUUUAAAAAUUUCACUUGAACUGUAUUUUUAUAGCUGUCCAAAAAAAAUAAAAACUUUAUUUCCUUUUUUCUUUUCCACCCCCACAACAAAAAUAUCCGUAUUUAUCUUUAUAAUGAAAUAAAAUAUGGUACUUGCAACGGGUGAGGUAUUGCCUAUAA